AUAGGAAAGAAGCAAGACUUUGGAGUUUUCACUACGUUACGCGAAUAGCAUCUUCCUAGACGCAAAACGUAAAAAAUAGAAGGAAAGCAGCAAAGCAAAGCUUUUUUUAGCUUAUAGAUCCACCCCAAGAUCAAAAACUAUUGUAAAAAAUUGAUCUUUUUGUUCUUGGGAGAUGAGGCAUUAUAGAAAUUUUCUUGGGGUUUUAUCCUUAUAGAUUUAGGGGUGUUUAAUUUUAUCUUCAAUUGGGAAAUCUGGCUAAUUUAGGAGGAUUAAGGCCGCGCUUGUCAUUGAAACAAGCAACUCCCGAGGACCAAGACGAAGAGGAGUGUAGGCCUUGGCGUAAGAGGUUAUCAAUGGCUUUUCAUUGGUCUUCUCUUUUCAAAUUCACUUUUCUUCUUCUCCUUCUCGCUGCAAUUGCCACCGCUUGUUUCACUCUCCCCAUUGAAAAGAUACUGAAAGAUUUCUUGCAAUGGAUUGAGCAAGAUCUUGGUCCUUGGGGUCCCCUUGUCCUGGCUGUUGCAUACAUUCCUCUUACAGUAUUGGCAGUUCCUGCAUCAGUUCUUACGCUAGGUGGUGGUUAUCUAUUUGGCCUGCCUGUGGGUUUUGUUGCUGAUUCUAUUGGUGCUACCAUUGGUGCUGCCGCAGCAUUUCUUCUUGGUAGAACAAUUGGGAGGUCAUUUGUCAUUUCCAAAUUGAAAGAUUAUCCACAGUUUCGUGCAGUUGCAAUUGCAAUUCGGAAAUCUGGCUUUAAGAUUGUUUUGCUGCUCCGACUUGUUCCUCUGCUUCCGUUUAAUAUGCUGAACUACCUGUUAUCAGUGACACCAGUUUCAAUUUGGGAAUACAUGCUGGCUUCAUGGUUGGGAAUGAUGCCAAUAACUUUUGCCCUGGUGUAUGUCGGCACAACUUUGAAAGAUCUUUCUGAUGUUACUCAUGGAUGGGGUGAAUUUUCAAAAUCUCGCUGGGCUAUGAUAAUAUUGGGGCUUUUGGUGUCUGUGUUUCUGAUUAUUUGUGUGACAAGAGUUGCAAAGGCCGCUUUAGAAAAAGCACUGGCUGAAAAUGAAGACAUUGAUGACAUAUUGUCAAUACCAGAGCUACCAACUGUGGCUGAUUCAGCUGCACGUCUCGACCAGCCCCUUAUAAUAAAGAUAGAUUCUGCUCAAGACAAUCAUGAAAAAUAGGACUGGUAUUUUGUAAAUUUCAUACUUGCGCUAUGGCUAUAGGUAUCAUUUCUUAUUGAUGAUUUUGACAUCCCUUUGGUGAAGAAGCUUUUUCAUAGUCUUCAUUUGUACAGGCAGAUCAUACAAAUGGACGUAGUUUGGACAAAAAUUGAAUUUUUUAGUUUCUUUUUGGGGCUACUUCAAAUCUACAAGUCUUGGAUUACCAUUACCACCAGUGUAAUAAACCCCGGGAAAUAAUUUUCUUCCUUUACGCGUA